AUGCUGUCAACGAAGGCUUUGAUCGGUGCUAGCUUUGUUGCGGCCGCUUCGGCGGGCUCGCUGAAGGAUAUCAAGCAUGUUGUGUUAUUCAUGCAGGAGAACCGUGGCUUUGACCACUACUUCGGCACAAUGCCAGGUGUUCGAGGUUUCGCAGACCCCAACGUCCAGGUGAACUCAGACGGCCGUAGCACUUUCCAACAGCCAGUCACCUCGAAGCAGAGCACAGCCGUCAACCAACUCACGCCUUGGUACUUCAACUACCUGGGUGGCGAUUGGUUCGAUGCUACUAGAUGUACGUCUGGUGGAGGGUACUCCUGGCAAGCCAUGCACGAGUCCUACAACAACGGCCUGUCCAACCAGUGGGUCGCGGGCAACUCUCCCUACUCCCUGGGGUACUUCAAGCGACAGGACAUCCCCACUCACUUUGACGUGGCUGAUGGAUGGACCGUGGCCGAUAUGUAUCAGGAGGCUAUUCUGGCGGCUACUGAUCCCAACCGUAUCAUCUGGAUGACGGGCACGGUGAACAACCCAGGCACGCCGAGCAACCCCGACGGCCAGGGCGAUAUGAUGCUUGACAACUCGGCCACGCCGGGUUGUGAGGCGCCGCAUCUUAACUGCUUCCCAAUGCAGUGGAAGAGUUAUGCCGAGUACUUGCAGGAGGCUGGGGUUUCGUGGCAAGUCUACCAGGAUCCCGACAACUUCGAGGACAACAUGCUUGCCUACUUCCAGCAGUACCAAGACGCUAGCAACGACACGAACAACCCAUUGACCAAAUACGGCAACUCUUACAUCGGCCUCGACAAGUUCUACGAGGACGCCAAGUCCGGCAACUUGCCUCUGGUCAGCUGGAUCAUCGGCCCAGGUGAACUCACAGAGCAUCAGCCUUACCUGCCAUCUGAUGGUGCUUGGUUGUACAACCAAAUCAUCGACGCCAUCACUUCGGGUGCCAGCGCCAAGGACACCGCUCUCUUCAUCUCCUACGAUGAGGUCGGUGGAUACAUGGACCACGUCGUCCCUUUCCAUGCUCCAUCUGGCACCGCAGGAGAGUGGAUGGAUGACCCGUACAACAUCUCAGGCUACACUCCAGUCGGCCCAGGCUACCGCGUGCCGUUCAUGAUCGUCUCGCCUUGGACCCGUGGUGGCAAUGUCUUCACCGAACCCGCCGACCACAACUCCCAAAUCAUGUUCGUCGAAGAAUGGCUCGAAGCCCAAGGCUACACCAACGUCCGCAGCAACGAAGUGCCCCCCUGGCGCCGCGCACACAUGUCCAACCUCCUUAACGCCUUCGACUUCGACCACCCAGACUACUCGAUCCCCACCGUCGCCUCCGCCCCAGCACCGCUCACAACCCCCGGCCCGGAACCCUCCGACGGCCCCAUCGGCGCCCUCUCAGGAAACUACGUGGGCGCCGCCAAAUGCGCCGCAGACCACCCCACAGCUCACCCUCCCGUUCCAUAUAACCAGGCAAACGCCAACCAAAACAUGACGCUCGCCACCGAAGAGGGCUUCAAACCCGUCCGCGGAGCCCUAACCGAGGGCCGCUACCUCACCUUCGAAUUCGCCGGCUUCGGCCUCGCCAACAACCACGGCCGGAUAGGCUUCUCGCGGGCGUCGUCCACGCACAACGAUAUCCGUCAGCGGUGGGUGCUGCACCAGCAGGGCGAUGCGGAUAGCAAUGUCUUUACCAUUAGCAGUGCGCUGGAUGGGAGCUAUAUCUCGAACAAACUGGCUCUGAGCUCGAAUAAGGGUAGUGCGCAGCAGUUUACGAUUACGUAUUUGGGCAAUGGGAAUGGGUACACGGCGCAGUUUGGCGGGCAGAGUUUGACGAUGGGGGCGAAUCAGCAGUUGUCGGCGUCGAGGAGGCGGCCGAGUAGGGGUUUUGAUGUCUACAGUGUUACUUAUCAUUCUUAG